CGUAGUUUUAAGCUUUUGACCAGUACCUACCACAUCAUUAUAUACCCCAAACCAUUUCUCCAUCCUCAAUCGACCCCAAAAUCUCGAUCCAAUCACCAAAAAUGAGUUUCUUUAAACCCCUUUAUGCAAUUUUUAUGCUUCUUUUCGUCGUCCACAGCCAUGGGAUAUUCAUCAGAGUUCAAAACAACUGUCCCUACACAAUCUGGCCUGCAGCCGUGCCUGGCGGAGGCCGCCGCCUUGACAGUGGUCAAACAUGGACUAUCGGCUACCCUUCAGCGAAGUCAGCCAAAAUCUGGGCUCGUACUAAUUGCACGUUUGAUUCAUCGGGCAGGGGUAAGUGCCUCACCGGAGACUGUGGAGGCCUGCUUGAAUGCAAAGAGUUAGGUGCAGAACCGGCGACUUUAGCUGAAUACGGCCUGAACUCCUUCGCCAGUAAAGACUACUACGAUAUCUCUGUGAUGAAAGGGUUUAACGUGCCGUUAUCGUUGACCCCUACGUCAAAUGGAUGCACGAAGAGCAUAAGGUGUGCGGCGGAUCUGACUGCACAGUGCCCGAAUCAAUUGAAAACUCCCGGCGGAUGCCAUAAUCCGUGCACGGUGUUUAAGACCACUGAGUACUGCUGCGGCUCAGGGCGGUGCCUGCCUUCGAAUUUCUCGAGGUUUUUCAAGAUUAGAUGCAGGGAUGCCUUCACGUAUCCUGAGGAUGAUCCCACCAGCACUUUCACUUGCCCCGCAGGCACCAGUUAUAGAAUCGUGUUCUGUCCUUGAUCAGAUCAACACCGACACCGCGCCGCUGCAGAAUUUGGCCGGAGAAAUUGGUAAAGUAGGAUUAUGAAUAAAAAUCUAGUGAUAUGAACUUGUGAGGUAACCUACUAUCAUAUGGUGGGGUAUUACCUAUUUCUUGUAGAGUAAUUGCCUUAUUUCAUUGGUACUUGCUUUGAUAAUUAUUGAUUAUGUAUUUGUGUUUUUCUUUGAAGAGUGUUCAUUUUGUGGUCUUUUUCUAUAUAAUAAUUGCUCUUCUUGUUGUUAA